AUGAGUAUUCAAACUGUCAAGAGGCCUUUGGAGCUGGGAAACGAUGCAGCGUAUUCGAAUGAGCUGGAUUCAACGGAAGUGGUGAAGCGUGCUGAGACUAAGAAGAAGGGAGCCAAGCCUGGAAGGAAAUUGUUGGAUGACGAGGCCAAGAACAAGAGAACGGCGCAGAAUAGGGCGGCGCAAAGGGCCUUCAGGGAGAGAAAGGAGAGAAAGAUGAAGGAGCUGGAAGAGAAGGUCAAGAACUUGGAGCAAAUGAAUCAGAAUAGUAUGCUAGAAACCGAGUUCUUAAGAUCGCAGCUGUCGAGUUUAGUGAGUGAGUUGAAACGGUACAGACCAGAGAAGGACUCCGAUGUUCAAGUCUUGGACUAUUUGGCUAAGCAUGAGGAGGCGGAGAAGGCUGGUGAGCACGGGGAGCCGUACGGUUCAGUGAAACGUGAUUCAGAUGACAUUGAGGCAAACAUACGGAGGAAGAUGGAUUUCACGUUUGCAUUUCCUUGGAAAGGCCGCAAGGAUACGGAUGCCGCACAGUUUCCGUCACCGGGAUCCUCGAUGGUUUCUUCUUCAUCGACUUCAGUGAACUCUUCGUCCUCGAUGGGCCGUAGGAGGAGCAGCCAGCGCACUAAUUCGGAGAACAGUGCGAAUAGCAACAAGAACUCACUGAGCCUGGGUUCGGUGCCCAUUAUCAACCAGACUCCAAGCUCUAGGUCUAAUUCAUCAUCGACAUCAGGCACCGGGUGGAUGGAUAAUAUGUUUUAUAACGACGAUGCUAGACAGCUGCCGCAAUUCGCUUCAGGUAGCGCUAAAAACGAGAGCGUGGGAGCGCCUCUCAACUACGAUAGUACACUGUUUUCGAAUCAGUUCAAUUUCGACGACCAGUUCGAUGAGCAAGUGUCGGAGUUCUGCUCAAAGAUGAACCAAGCGUGUGGCACCAAAGAGUGUCCUAUUCUUUCUAAUAAGAGCCUCACAGGGCUUACGCCCGUGUCUGUUGGGAACGACGCGACCAUGAGGACUAGAGACUUGGUGUCGCCCAGCCUUCUAACGAACUCAUGGGACACAAAGACGUCUCCAGCUUUUGGCCAGACAAGUUUCCCGUCAGGGGGACUGACACCAGGAAAGCUCACUAACGAAUUUCCCGCCGGCGACGGUUUCACAUUCGCUUACGAUGACAACGACAAGAAAAAGCAAGAUUUACUGCCAUUUAUCGACGCAAAUAUAGCUUUCCCCAACGAGGAUGACGAGGGUCUCUUCUUUAGAGAGAACCCAGGCGAGAACAAUCUCUUUUCAGAGUUUUUGGACGACACAGAGGCAAACGACGCUGUAGAUAACUUUGUCAACGACAAUCUAAUAAAUGAGGAGCCUGCCGCUACAUCGCGACAGCAGCAGGACAAACAAACUCCCGAAAAAGAUGUGGUUCCUUCUCGAGACGGUAAACUGUUGAAAUGCUCAGAAGUGUGGGACCGUAUAACGGCUCAUCCCAAAUACUCAUCCAUUGAUAUCGACGGGCUGUGCGGAGAGUUGAUGACGAAGGCCAAAUGUUCAGAGAAGGGUGUCGUCGUGGAAGCCGAGGACGUUCAGUCCGUGCUCGACAGGCAUAUGAGCAAGAAACAGCCGCAGAUCAAUCUCUAA